CUCGUUUGUUGUUUUCAUUGAACCAAAUUAAAUAAAUUAACUUAUAUAAAGUUUUAAGCCAUUUCCAGUCAUCCUUUUCAUAUUUAAAUGGCAGACGAAUUAAGCAACUAUAAGCUCCAGUUGCAGCAAGUUGAAGUAGCUCUUUUAACUGAUCCGGAUAAUACUGAAUUAUUAAAAUUAAAGGAAGACAUAGAACAACUCGUUGAUUUACAACAGGAACUGAUCAAGACCCAAGAUAGUGAAUCGAGAAAAUACGUCGAACCAUCAAAUUCAGACAGAGCAACAAACAGUGGUCAAUAUUAUAAGGAACAGAAGGCAAAGAAUCAAACUCUUAAAAUAUGGAAAGUCGGUGAAAAAUGUAUGGCUCGUGAUACCACAAAUGGACAAUAUUAUGAAGCAACGAUCGAGUCAAUAUCUAACGAAGGAGAAGCUCAAGUCAUUUUCGAUGCAUAUCAAAAUCGAGGUCAAUCAAAUGUCAAAGAUUUGAAGGAGUUUAAGCAGCGCAUAGAAGUAUUCUCAUCAACUAGCAACAAACGUCCAAAAGCAGCUAGACCGAAUCACAAAGAAUAUCUCAAGAAGAAAAAACUCAAGAAACAGGCACGAUUGGCAGAGCUCGAAGAAGAAAGAGAAAAGGAGAAGAACAAAUGGCUUAACUUCAACAGUAAGGCAAGCAAGAAGCAGAUUGUAAAGCAACAAUCCAUCUUCCAGUCACCAGACAGUGUUAAUGGACGCGUUGGAAUCGGAACAUUGGGUAAAACUGAUGUUCAACUGCCAAAUAACUUCCAGACUGCUCGUUUGGACAUCCAUAAACGUAAAAUGUAAGAAUCUGCUAGGAAUGAAAUUUUUUUUCUUAAUAAGUAAUAAAAAGCAUAAUUUUAUUAACAUUCUAAC